ACUUUUUUUUAAUCCGAUAAAUAUUUCAUUCAUUUAGACUUUAAAUAUUACAAAAUGUCGAAAAUUUCGAUUUUAUUAUAUCUAAGUGCGAUUAAUCUGAUCUUAAGCGACGGUAAGUUAAAAAUAUAUGGCCAGAGAUUUAGAAGAUGGGCUCAAAAUGGACUUUCAACAGGCUUAUGUAAGGAAGACCAGCAACCGAUUGUUGAAUAUUUUUCUUUUCAUGGCAAGCAAUAUCUUCUUUUUUCUCAACGAGUGACUUGGGAAGAAGCUCGUAUCCUUUGUACAAGUUAUGAUGCAAAAUUAGCAAUUUUGAAUGAUAUUGAAAAAGCAAAUGGAGUUGCUGAAGCAUUAGCAGAUUCGAAUAUAGCAACCGAAGACAUUUGGUUAGGAGCUAGAAGGCUAGAUGCAAUUUGGACUUGGAUCGACAACCAGGAAACAGCCUGGCGAAAAAAUAUUCUUUCAAUCGAACCAGACGUCGACAACUAUCCACCUUGGAGUAGAGAACCAACACGACCAACAAAAGAAUGUUUAGGAAUGGACAGAAAAUCGCACUCUUACCCCAACUUUGUUGAUCUCGAUUGUCGAUUGCUAAGACCAUUUAUCUGCGAAAAAAAAUCAGAAGAUUCUUUGAAAUCUCCAGUGCCUUCUAAAUGGAUUCAAAUUCAUAGAAGCACUUACACUCUUUAUCAUGGAAAAGUAACUUGGGAUGAAGCAGCAACUUUUUGUCGAAAACAGGGAGCGCGAUUAGCUAUUAUAAAAAACUUAAAUGUUAUUGAAAUUCUUACGAACAGUAUGACUAAAACUCGACCAGAUUUCGAAACUGUUUGGAUUGGAGCCCAUUUUUCAUAUGGACAGUGGAUUUGGAUGGCGACAGGUGCAAUUUUAAAUUCCAUAGCUGAAAAUGGAUUUCCACCUUGGCGUUCUGGACGGUCUCAAAAAAAUGAAGGAUGUCUUCUUUUGGACAGACAUUUAGGGGGCCAUAUAAAUUUUAUAGAAUCCAGCUGUGAUCGAAAACGUGACUUUGUUUGCGAAGAAUAUCCUCAAGAGGAACACGAUGACUGGCUGAAUGACCCCGUGAAAUUCUCUCAUGAAAAUAAAUCCUACAUUAUUUACUCUCUUGAAAGAACCUGGGAGGAAAGUAACGAUUUUUGUAAAGAAAGGGGCAGCGUUUUGGCUUACAUGGAAGACAUGAAUACUACAGAAUUGAUCAUUGAAGCGAUGGGUGAUCAUCCUAAAGCAAUCAGUCACGUUUGGAUCGGAGGAGUUUACAAUGCGAAUUUAAGUCAGUGGACAUGGAACCACAAUAAUCGCAGAAUACCUUCGGAAAAAGAUAGACUUGGUUUUCCACCCUGGACUAAUACUGAGGGCGAAUUUGAUUUCUACAAUGAGGCUUCAACGUGUCUUAAUUUGGACAGAAGUGAUCAUGUUAAAGCACAUUUAUACGGAUUGGAUUGCAGCAAUAAACAACCUUUCGUCUGCAAGAUAACUUGCAAUGUUCCUCCAGAAGUGAAAAAUGGAAACUGGACCUGUGAAUCAGACAUUUCCGGAAAUAAAUGCACCAUGGAAUGCAAGUCAGGAUUUAUCAUGAUGGGCCUUAAAAAUGCAACCUGUUCAAAUUAUGAAGGCUGGGCUAGUGCAAAUAAUUGGCUAGAAUUUCCAGUUUGCAUGAAACCGAGUGAAUACACCAAUCGCCUCGUGAGAUCCCUAGGAUACGAAGUGCAAAAAAUCGUAGGAUACUAUUUCAUUCUUGAUCACUGGAACGAAAAGAUGAAACAAUUAUCAAUUCAAUUUGCUGAACAACUUCUGACCAUUUUCCCAAUCAAUCGUCACUUAAAAAUGGGAAUGGCAAGUUAUAUUACAAAUCCCAGUUCUCAUUUAAAUUUUAAUCAAACCGAUAAUUGCCUGGCUUUACAAACAAUUCGUGGAAUGAAAAAUAAAAUCAGUGCAAAUGGUAUCAGUCACGAAAAUUCGACCGAUAGUUGGUUCAAGGAAAUUUCUGUGUACACGGGUCGAAAAACUCUUAUCGUCGCAAUAAUUGAUCGAUAUCAUGCAAAAAAACACGGAGAUGUCUGGCAACAAUUGAUAUCAGCUGGUCAUCGUGUUGCAAUAAUUGGUUCUAAGGAAGAUGGGGAGGUUCUCUUACCUUUGGUUACAGUUGGUCUCGAAAAAAAAGUAAAUUUGUUCCUUUUUGAUUCCGAAGAAUUCGAAAGUGUCAUCAAAGAAAUGAACAAAAUAAAGGGAACGAUCAGGUCCAAGUGUCCACAAAAUUUGGAAACACCCACUACAGAAAAUACUAAAAGUACAAUUUCUAGCGGAACUUUUGCGCAAACAGUGAAUAAAAAACCUGAAAUGAAUCCCAAUAUUUCUAAUUCAGGCCAAGUUCCUGACUUUCAGGAAAAUAUUGCGGAAAUGAAAACCAUUGCCGCUAAAACAAUAAUAUCCCCAACCGGGACUACAGGAAGUGUAACAAAAGCUCCUGAAACUACACUAAUUGAAGUUUCAACAGCCAAUUCUGAAAUUCCCAGUGAAAAAUCUGCGCUAAAUUCAAGCCCUAGAAAAGAAGUUCCAAAUAAAGAAUCAGCGAAUGAAGAGACGAAAACUCAACCCGAUAGCGAAUCAGUAAAUCUAUCUAAAGAGGAACAAAAUAAUCAAACAGAAGAUCAAUCAGAACAUGAACCACAAAUAUAUAGUACAAAUGAACAAAGUCAAAGUCAAUUGGAAGAAGAAGAGUGAAGUCUUAAGGAGAAAGGACUUAUUUCACCCAAUUCCACAAAUAAAAAAUUUCUAAACAAAAUAUCACUACAAUUUUGAACAAUUUCCAGCCUGUAAUUGAAAUGAUCAAGAAAUCUAGUACUGUAUUUUUCUUUGGCACUUUAUUAUAAUAAUGUAACAAAUUACGAAGUGUUAUUUAUGUACAGAUUACUACAGUAAUAUGGCGUAAUAAACUAUUAAUAUUAAUUGUUAAAAUGC